AGAGUGAACGACAUGCCGUGUUGUUAUGACGCGGUGCAUGCCGGGAAAAAUGAAGCAUCCAGCAUGGCGACUUCCAUGGAACAAGAUGGAAAGACAGUCAGCUCCUCGGAUGUGGAUCUAUUACUGCACCCCGAGCUGUUGUCCCAAGAGUUUUUGCAGCUUAUCUUAAGUGGGAAAAACGUCAGCACCAGAGGCUGUGAUAGUCGGGACCGGCUCACAGAGCUUUACCUCCAGCAUGUCAUCCCGCUGCCGCAGAGGAGUCUACCGGACAGCCGCUGGGGGAGGAGGAUGAAGAAGAGCCGAGGGAGGCAGACCCCAGCCGGGCACAGUUCCAGUAACGACCACGGCAGGAAAAGGCCUCUGAUCGUGUAUGAUGGCUCUUCCUCUGGCCCGCUAAAAGUGAAGAAACCAGAUGGAACCGCCGUGUCACCGGGAAUCACUGACAAGUUAAAACCGCCUCCUGCUGCGAACCUGUCUAACCCUAUCCGCAAGAUAUCAGGAAACAAUGCUUCCUCUUCCUCUUCAUCAUCCAGUCUUAACAGCACUGACACAGCAAAACUCAAACGGGAGGCAAACAGCGCGGAUGAAAUGCAGUCUCCAGAAUCGAAGAAAAAGAUCAACCAUGUGACGUGGCCCUGACCUCUGACCCCUAUUACCACAGACCUGAUGGGAGCUCACACUCUGAAGGACAGACCACUCUCCUCCCAACAAGUGCUGUUGUCCAGUAUCUGUGCUCUCCCCAUCACAGUUAUCCCACUAAUCACAUCACGAAAAGAGUGGAAAUCCUCUUUUCACUAUACGUGUCACAGCUUUCAGUCCUGAGAGCUGACAGGUAGGGGCGGUGCUCUGAAGAUCCUCCUGCUAUUGAUGUCACGAUGUUCCUUGUUGCUUUCCAUAACCUCAAGUGCCCUUACCAUCCGUUAUCAGCAACUCUCAUCCAGUCCCACAAUUGAAGACCUUCUAGAGGACAAAACGAGUAACAUGACUUUUGUUUUCUGAAAUACCUUUCAUGGACAUUAUACUUCUUGAUAUUUUAGUCUCUGUGCAGGUGUUGGUUUUGAUCAGAACGCUUCCAGUACUGCUUUUUUAAUGAUGAUCCAUAGUGCUAUAGAAAUAUUUGCUUGCACCAGUUACUAUUAUGGUUGAGAGAAAGAAACCUGCUAAGCAUGGGAUGCAGCGAUGGUGCCCUUGCAAAAUGAUAGGAGAUGAUUAGAGGAGGGGAUUACCCUUUUGAAUUACAUAGAAAACAGCAGGCUCACAGUCCGGGGAGUUAAUGUUGUUGCAAAGACUACUGGAUUACUUUCCGUAUCCAACUACUAUCGACACAUUUAACAACUUAUGAAGACCAUAAGGGAUCAAGAAAUGUAUUCAAAUAUGUUCUAUUGUAAUUCAUUCAACGCUUCUUAGAUUAUUCAUAGCGCACGGCUCUUCUGCCAACAGCCCAAGAUCUGUUCAUUAUGCUAACAACCGAUAUGCAGAUCAGUGUUUGCCGUCAUCCUCAGCUAGUGCUAGAUAGUAAAAGAGUUGGCAUCUCUGCAUUUAGUUUUACCCGGUCAUUUUGGUUGUUUCACCAUCAACUUUGACACUGCUGCGGAUAGUAACUAUAGAAAACCACCAUUGAUACUAUUUGGUAACUGGGGUGAGCAAACGAUAGCAAAGGCGGUGCUAUCCUUUGCCCAAUAGUUGAAGCUCUUUGUUUGUUGCUGUAAACUGGCCUUUAUUUUGCCUGGAUGGAACUCGGUAGCGGACAGAAAUGGCUUUUAGAGAAACUGUCUAAAUAUAUAAACACAGUCAUUACUCUGUAAAUAUUAAAUUGUGGAAUAAUCAUUUACAUAAUGAUCAUAGGGGAAGGCAAAACAUGUAUCUGUUGCCAUUUUAACUGGAACUGGGAAAAAAUAUAGAUUAUUUUGGACAUUUCAGAAGGUGUGUGUGUGCUUGAACCAGUAGUACAUGUUUUUUUUCUUCUCAGUGAACGCCUUUCCAAAACUGUUUGGCUUUAUAUAAAUCUCAGUGCUGUUUCACAAGUUGUUCAGGGUUUUUAAAUAUGACUGAAAUGUGCUAUUGUACAUAUGUUGCACUUAACAUGGAGGUAAAAUAAUGUUCUUCUUCAUAUGUUCACAUGUUUUAAUAAUUCAACAAAAGAAAUGACUAUGGAUUUAAGCAGCAAUAUUGUCUUUUUGAAGUACAUUUAUUUAGAAUUGUAGAUAGUUGUGGGCUUUACAGCUACUGUCUUCGGGUUUAGGAUGAAUCAAAAACACAGGAACAAGAUUCACAGCAUUUUUAAUCCAUCGUCAAAAAGUGUCAUGUUUGUACUAACAGUUUUUCAAAUAAAUGUCUCAAUACAA